GUACGUCAUCUUUCAAACUCCAGCGCAGGACGAGCGAUCAUGCCAAGUUAGACCUGAACAAGGCUUCCACGUACAAACGUUUUUUGCAAAAGUGAACCAUGGAAAACUCGGGCAGGCCUUACCGGCGGCAGAGAGGCAGAGAGAGGGGAGCAGGACCGGAGAGGGGAGCAGGACCGGAGAGGGGAGCAGGACCGGAGAGGGGAGCAGGACCGGAGAGGGGAGCAGGACCAGAGAGGCCAGAAGGCUGGAGGACGCAGGACCAGGGUCGAGGACAGAGCUAUAGAUCAGAGGGAGGUCUGCCGGGGAAGAACCAAGGUGGGCCCUACCGGGCUAGUCCCAAAAAGGGAGGGAUGGGACCCCUCAGCUACUCCCCCGGAGGUUUUAGAGGUGGUCACAGCCCCUCGCAGAAGGAUGACCCCCGGUGGUUCUCGGGUCCUGAGAACAGUGGUGGGGGUCGAGAAGACGCCUGGAGAGAGCGCUCGCAGCAGCAGUGGAAGAGGAGUGGACCAGGAGAAGGGCCAAAGGAGGAGUGGGAGCAGGGGGGCAGAGAGGACAGUUACUGUGCUCACAAAUCAGGGAGACGACGGAGAAACCACAACAAAAAUAGACCGUAUGCCGAGGACAACAGGGGCCCGGUGAUCGAAGAGUCCACACUCUCGGCCCAAGAGCUGCAAAGCUUACAGCAAGCAGAGCGGCGGCUUAACAAGGAGGAGAUCUACACCCUGAAGAAGAGGUCCCACAGCGGUGCUCUUUACACUUGUGCUCUGUGUGACGUCCUGCUUGAUUCCGUGUCGGACGCCUACAGACAUAUCCGAGACAAACGGCACAAGAAGAGGGCCAAGGAGAGGCAGGAGGAGGUGAUGCUGACGGAGAUACUGCCUCCCGGCCCGGAGCACGCUGCCGCAGUGAGCGCUGUGUUGGAGGCCGUCGUCCUGGAACACGGAAUGAGUGACCAGGACGUCGCGACGAGACAAAACGUUGUCCUCAUGAUGCAAGACCUCCUUGUGUCCGUCCUGCCUGAGGUCCGGCUCAGGCUUUAUGGAUCGUCUUGCACCAAGUUUGGAUUUAAGGAUUCUGACGUCAACAUUGACAUUCUGUUUCCAGCUCACAUGCAUCAGCCAGACGUCUUGUUGUUGGUCAAGGAGAGCCUCUCCGUGAGCCCGGUCUUCAUCGAAAUGGAAGCUGAUUUUCAUGCCCGGGUGCCGGUGGUCAUCUGCAAAGAGAUAAAGAGCGGCCUGGUGUGCAAAGUGAGCGCCGGGAAUGAAAACGCAUUCCAAACCACCUCCUAUCUCGCUGCUCUGUCCGCUCGGGAGGAUCUCCUCCUCCCGCUGGUUUUUGGUCUCAGACGCUGGGCCCAGAUCAGCAAUAUCGACCACUCGGAGGAAGGCGGGCUGCCGCCGUAUGUGUUCGCCCUCAUGGUCAUCUUCUUCUUGCAGCAGCGCAAAGAGUCCCUCUUGCCUGCCUACCUGAAACAAGAGAUUAAGACAUUUUCACUCAGCAGGCUGUCGGACUUCAAUCUAACGCACACGGAAGACGGACACGUGCACUGGGCCUACACAGCUCCCUCCAAAGAGCAGCCAGCAGAGAGCUCCUGUAUAAAGGGAAAGGUUCUGCUGACGUUCCAGAGCCCCCACCCGCCUGUGGAAGUUGGGCUUCUCUGGGUGGAGAUGCUCCGCUUCUACUCGCUGGAGUUCAACUUGGCCGACAAUGUCAUCAGUGUUCGGACGGGUGCCGUCCUCUCCCGGGAGAUGAAGGACUGGCCAAAGAAACGCAUCGCAAUAGAGGACCCAUUCGCCGUGAAGAGAAAUGUGGCCCGCACCCUGAACAGCCAGCAAAUGUACGAGUACAUCCUACACUGUCUCAAAACCACGUACAAGUACUUUGGGCUGCCGCUCAACGCGCCCGCUGGCGGCCUCAAGGCGAAGGCCCGACGCGGACCCGUCGGUGGGGUGACCGCCAGCUUAGGCCAGCUCGGCGUCCAGUCCCCUGGCGCAGGUCAAUCGAAGGCGGCCGAGAGCGGUCCCGAGGACUCCGAUUGCAUUAUCGAGGAAGAGGAGGAGGUCGAAGAGUUCAGCGACUCAGACGAGGAGCGCGAGAAGGAGAAAGCGGACCUCGGGAAAAGCAGCCUCUCUGAAGACGACGACGAGGAGGACGACGCCGAGCACAACAGGCAACACUUGGACAGCUUGACCACGGAGGAUGAGGACAUCUUCCUCGUGGACGAGAUCUCCGGGGAGGAGCUCCUGUCUGAUGAGGAGGGCCCAGAUUUGGACACGCCUGGUUCGAUGGAUGACGAAGAGGAGGGGAUAGAGUUGGUGUCAGAGAGUCUGGCAUCGACACACUUAGAGGACACGAUUGAGGAGAAGAGCCCAGAAGCUAAAACCCAACAACUGAAGAGACGGUCUUUUGCGUUCACGAGUCAAGCGUUCACCAGAGGAAAGUCCCACAUGGUCGUGUGCAGCUUGUGCAAGCGAGAUGGCCACCUGAAGAAAGACUGCCCAGAGGAUUUCAAGAAGGUGCAGCUGGAGCCUUUGCCCCCGAUAACGCCAGAGUUCCUCAGUGUCCUCGACGAAGUCUGCAAGCAGUGCUUCGCUGACUUCUCCCCAAAUGAACUGGAAGAGGCUGUUAGAGAGCACAUCCUUCAAGACCUGGAGACCUUCGUCAGACGACAGUUUGCUGGAGCUCGGCUGCAACUGUUUGGAUCGUCCAAAAAUGGCUUUGGGUUCAGACAGAGUGACCUUGACAUCUGUAUGGUGCUGGAGGGCCAGGACAGCAUAGAAGAUGUUGAUUGCAUCAUUGAAAGCUUGGCGAGAACGCUGAGGAAACACCAAGAUCUGAAGAACAUCCUGCCCAUCACGACAGCGAAAGUACCGAUUGUGAAGUUUUUCCACUUUCGCACCGGCCUGGAGGGAGACAUCAGCCUCUACAACACUCUGGCCCUACAUAACACAAAUCUGCUCGCUCUGUAUGCCAACAUUGACGAAAGAGUGAAGAUCCUCUGUUACGUCAUGAAGGUUUUCGCCAAGAUCUGCGACAUUGGGGAUGCUUCCCGUGGCAGCCUCUCGUCCUACGCCUACACCUUAAUGGUGCUGUUCUUUCUCCAGCAGAGAAACCCACCGGUCAUCCCUGUGCUGCAAGAGAUUUACGAUGGAAAGAAGAAGCCGGAGGUGCUGGUUGACGGCUGGAACGUGUACUUCUUUGACGAUUUAAAAGCACUUCCGAGCCGCUGGCCGCAGCACGGCCAGAACGUGGAGACUGUGGGGGAGCUGUGGCUCGGCCUGCUCCGCUUCUACACCGAGGACUUUGACUUCAGAGAGCACGUCAUCUGUCUCCGGCAGCACGGCCGCCUCACCACCUUCAACAAGCAGUGGACGUCGAAAUAUAUCGUUAUUGAAGAUCCGUUUGACUUGAAUCAUAACCUCGGUGCUGGUCUGUCCAGGAAAAUGACUAACUUCAUCAUGAAGGCUUUCAUCAAUGGCAGGACCGUGUAUGGCACACCUGUCACAGACUUCCCUCCCGCGUACCCCUCUCGGAUGGAGUAUUUCUUUGAUCCUGAAGUCCUCACAGAGGGAGAGGUCGCGCCCAAUGACCGCUGCUGCCGCAUCUGUGGCAAGAUUGGCCACUUCAUGAAGGACUGCCCCAUGCGUAAGAAGUACAAACGCAGACGGGACUCUGACAAAAGGCCGGAGCACAUGGCGGAGGACGGAAGACACCAGAACGAGCCCUGGAGGAAGCGGGACUCGAUGGAGGUGCGCUGCUGCUUCCUGUGUGGAUCCAGUGCGCACAUCAAGAGGGACUGCCCGCAGUACCGAAGCCACGCAGGUAACAGGAUGGAUGGCUUUGCUUCCACCUCUUCCGCUCACGGGAGGAAUUUGAGAGAGCGACCGGGUUCACCAAUGCGAGAAAAGAGAAAGCGCACAAAUGUGAUACGAAGCCCACAGUCAGGUAGUUCAGCCUGCAGAAACGUGGGUCACUCUGGUCACAGGAAGAGCCCGGUGGAAUGAGCAGACGUGACCACGUGGUUCUACUCUUGUCCAGGCAGACAGCGACCCAAAAUCCAGAAACCAUUUAAUCUGAAUGGUGCUGUUGGGCCAAUGGGAGCCUGUUAAAAGCCAAAAACAGGACGCCUUGACUUGAAGCCAAAUAGGGCCUUUUUAUGCGGGUUUUUUCCUUUUUUUCUUUUUAAAGUUCUCCUCAUAAGAGGAGCUUUUUAAAUGAUUUCAUUUAAAAGAGAAGCCAUUUUGCAUGCACCUGAUUUCUUUGUUUACCUACACUGCCAGUCAAGUUCUCUUUUUUAUAAAUGUUUAAAACAUCGUAGUGAAAUGUCUUGAAUUAGAAAAUGUAAGUGUCUACCGUGACUAAUAGUUAAUGGCUUCAAUCCUUUGCGGACAACAUUCUCUACAUCUGUGUACGGCGUGUCGUCUGCUACGUAAAGUGAUUUUAAGGUCCGUUAUUCUGAAGAAGUCUCUAGCAAUUCACAGUUUAAUAGAGAUAUAUUCCUGUUUCAUUAAUGUUAACAAAAAAAAACAUUUCUAGAGGUUUUAAAAAACGUUUGAAUGGCAGUGUAUGUAAUGCCAGGAUCUUUAAAAAAUUGUUUUUAUUGCAUUUCUUUUAAAUCCUGUUUUAUUUGUCCUCCGCACUGACAUCCGUCUGUCUUCAGCCUCGAUUGCAGCUCUGCCCACAGACUGCCUCUUUUAGAGAAACCAACAUGUAGAUGUAUAUAUAUUUAGUUUUUCUGGGUCUUUGAUGUUUUCGAGACGGCUUAUCCACCCGAUUCAUAGACAACAUGCCCCUCAACUGCGUGUGUGCGUGUGGGGAAGCACGCACCGUGAGACUUCCUUUGACAACCCGUAUGUGUCUCCACACGCGCUAGGAAAGUUUGCGACUGACGUGCGAGAACAUAUAGUUAAACAAGAGUUUCAUGCUUUCUGUGUUUUUUUCUUCUUUUUUCAAUGACACCCCCCCCCAUUAUUUUCCAUAUAACUGACGGUGUACUACGCUGUGCUCACUUCUUCCAAAACUAGAGUUCAUCUCAGUUGGUUCGGUAACGAGAUGCAAGUAUUUAUUUGUCACAGAAAAGGCUUCAUGUUUUCAUGGCGCCACAGAUUGGUAGCUGCACUGUGCGAGGGUACACGCUCUACAAUGAUGUUGCUGCUAGUUAAUGUCUCAAAAACCUGCUUGUCAUUCAAAUGCGAAGAUGGAUUGUGUGGCUUUGUCGUUGUCCUAAUAUGGCUGACUUUUAUUCAAAGAAAUGUGUCGUUGGCGGUAUUGUACAAAAAAUUCUCAUUUUUAAAAGUUUAUUUUGUAGGACUCAAAUGUGAGAAUCAGUUUUGUUAUUGAAGGGAACUCCCCCCCCCUCAUCCGGCCAGGAAAUGUUGUCUUGCAAUCCAUUUUGUGUCUCAAAUAAUUCAUUAAACAAAAAUCAAAUCCCAGUGUGCAAUAUUUCCAAUAGUUCCUUGAACAUGUUGUUGUUUUUUAGUACAAUGUUUAUUGAUAUCUAACUGUUGUGCAUUUCUAAAACAAAGUAAUGUACCACUGCUAUAAUAAAACUGGAAACAACAGACAAAGUA